AUGAAGUGUGACCAGAUAUUUGGAGGUAAAGUAGUAGUGUUAGGAGGUGAUUUUAGACAAAUACUACCUGUUAUUACCGAAGGAGGAAGAGUGGCGACAGUUUUAGCAUCUAUAAACUCAUCUGUUCUUUGGAAUAGUUGUAAAGUUCUUAAACUUACCGAAAAUUUGAGACUUCGCAAGGCAAGUAAUAAUAUGGACGCGGGUGCUCUCGCUAUUUUCUCAAAGUGGCUUCUUGAUAUCGAGGAUGGGAAAAUCAACGAGUCAAAUAGUGGGGAUGUGGAGAUUGAAAUUCCUGAUGAUUUAUUAAUUAAUACAAGUGGGAAUCCUAUUGAAGCAAUAGUUAAAGAGAUUUACGGAGAACGUUUUGCAAUGAGGACUGAUCCAAAAUUCUUUAGUGAAAGAGCUAUUCUAAGUCCAAGGAACGACGAUGUUGAUAAGAUAAAUCAGUUUAUGCUUACUAAACUCCCAGGUGAAGAGAGACGAUAUAUUAGCUCUGAUAGUAUUGAAACGUCUGACACAAGCGGACAUGAUGAUAUGAUCUACACUCAGGAACUCUUAAACAGUAUACAAGUUUCAGGAUUGCCAAGCCAUGUUACUUUAACUUCUCUCAAAUGA